AUGUGUGGGGUUAGGGAAAUAGUACGUCUGGCAGCGGUGCUGUUACUUCCUGUUGUUUCUUUAAGGGAACACCUAAAGCCCCUUGAAGAGGAAACGAAUGCUCCGUUUUACUCGACUAAACUCAAUGUUUCGGAGAGACAUUCUUCUGCAACAAAAAUUAUUCACCUCUACUUUAUAGUAGAUGCUACAGUGAAAUUAAAAUUUGGGCUCAAUAUUCAAAAAUACGUGCAAGGUCUCUUCUCAUCACUUCUUAUUUACGUGGAACACAGGGAAUCUUACCGGCUCUCGUUGAAGCUCGUAGGAAUGGAACAGCUGGACAAACAUAUGACGGAAAGGUUGCUUGUGAACUCUACGGAACAUGAUAUGAUUAUAGAGGAAGAACGUGUGUUGUUGCCACAAGAAGCGAUUCGUCUCAUGAAAUCGGUGGAUCGAGGAAUAAAGGAGCUUGACGCAUAUAUCGUGCUUACAAGGCAUCCUAUAUACAACCAAAGGGGGGAGGAACUUGACGCUUGGAGCGGGGGCCCAUGCACGAUAUGUAGUGAAAACAACUAUGUGUUCGUACGUAGUACCGGGUACUUUCAAGAAAUGGACAACCUAAAAAUUCAUCUGUUCCAAAUCUCCAAAAGGAGCCAAACAACGUUCAUAAACGAAUGCAAUAAAGAAUUUGUGAAGUAUAAGCUUACUAAGAGAGCUCCCGUCAUGGAAGACCUUGUUGUGCAGGACACGCCUCUUCUGCUCCGCCACGAGCUUGGCGACGAAUAUUACAGUCGGCGAAAGGAACUGCUAUGCUCCGUGGUGAUUUCAGUUCUCUGA